AUGAUCGUUUCAGUGCUUUGCAUGUUUGCCCUUUAUAUUCUAGUUAUUGGAAUUUAUUUGAUCACUAGAUAUACAUUGAAUAGAUUUAUUUGGCAAAGAAAUAAUAUUAGAGUAUCACUUUUGAACGCUGAAGAAAGAUAUAAUGGUUCAUCGUCCCGUAACACAGAUUCUCAUAGAGUUUCUAUUAGGGUACCAAACACCCAUUCACAUUCUCAUAGCCACAAGAUUAAUACUGUUUCCUCUUCAAGAAGUAGGAAAAAUAAGAAGAGAGAUCCCUCUGAGAUUUGGCCCAAUAUCUUAGAUGAUGAAUUACAAGUUAAGGAGAAAUUAAUUGAUCUUUCACCAGAAGAACAAUUUUAUUAUAAACAAGGGGAAGAAUUUAUUAGAACAAACCCACCCUUAAUCAUACCACAGUCACCUUCAUCUUCAUCCUCUUCAUCCUCUUCUUCUCAUAACAAUAACAAUUCAAAUACCAUUGAAGAUCCUAUUGUUAAUGAUCAAACUAAAAUGUACAUUAAGGAGGAAGGUGCUAAAGCUUGGGAAUUUAAAUUAAAUAACAACUUACCAAAUGAUACCAUUAUUGUUGAAAACAAAACUGAACUAACAUUCUUGAACUAUAAUUAUGAUGCUUCUAUUUCUACUAAUUUACCAAUCCCCAGAAUCAACAGAGUUUAUUAUGUGGAAUUCAAGCUAUUUGAAUUGGAUCCCAACGAUCUUACAUCUUCUGAAAAUUCUCUUAUUUCUUUUGGUUUAGCCACAAACCCAUACCCUUAUUUCAGAUUACCAGGUAGGCAUCAUCAUUCCAUAGCUUAUGAUUCCAAUGGUGCAAGAAGAUUUAAUGAUUCAUUUAAAUUAUCAAGUGAUGUGAAUUCUAUUUUCCCAUCAUUUAGUAAAGGUGAUAUUAUUGGUAUAGGCUAUAGGUCUCAUUCAGGUACUGUUUUUUUCACAAGAAACGGUAAGAAGUUGAAUGAAAAACCUAUUGGUGGCCAUAUUAAAAAUUGGAAGUUCAAAUAUUUGUAUCCAAUCGUUGGGUCUAAUAUCCCUUGUAAGAUUCAUGUUAAUUUUGGUACUAUUGGUUUUGUCUAUAUUGAAGCUAAUGUUAAAAAAUGGGGGUAUGGUAAGACACAUGGUAAAAAAUUACCUCCUCCAUCGUAUGAUGAUUAUAUUCAAGAUACCUUGUUGGAAAGUGGUGAUGAAGGGGGAGAAGAAGAUGACGAACAACAACAAGGAGAAGAAGUGCCCCAUGAAUAUGAAGAUGAUGAAGAAUAUUACGAUGAAGAGGAUUAUGAUGAAGAUUACGAUGAUGAUUAUACUUUACAAUCAGAUGAAUUUGAUGACGAUGACGACGAAGAUGACGAUGCAAGUGAUUAUUAUGAUGAAUCAGAUGGUUCAUCUUCAAUUGUUUCACCCAAUGCUCAUCCACAUAGGAAUCAAAUAGAUACUACUAAUCAAGAAUCUUCAUCCAAUGACCAAACAGUUUUAGCAAAUACAAAUGGUAGUAAUACCAAGAAUAAUAAUUUGAAUCUUGAUUCCGCAUUGGCCUCAGUUGAAAAUGAUAACAAUGAACUUCAUGUCACUACUGUCUUAACAAAUCCUCGCCCAAGAACCAAUUCUAAUGUACGCCGUUCAAGAGCCAAUUCUAAUGUCCGUCGUUCAAGAGCCAAUUCCACCGCACGUCGUUCUAGAGCUAAUUCCACAAACCAUGGACCAUCACGUUCUAGAGCCAAUUCCACCGUACAAGGUGGUAGCCAUAGUACCGCUAGAAAUUCUCAUAGGAGAAAUACAAGAAGUAAGAUCCACCCACCAAAGAUGAAUUUGGAUAUUGUGGAUAGUAACGGGGAUCUAUUACCACCUCCACCGGGAUUCGAAUUUAAUUCAUAUCCUAACCCAUCUUCAUCUGGAUCUAUUUUGAAUCAUAAUACAUUCGAACAAUACAAUUUACAAUUUAUGCCUAAUGAUCCACCUAAUUAUAGCGAUUUAGAUUUAGAAAAAGGACCAAUUCCAAUGAAAACCACAAAACAUUUCUUAAAGAAACCUCCUACUACUACUAAUAAUAAUGAUAUGAUUCUUUCCAAUACAACCGUUGGCCGGUCUAACGGUUCCACGGAUGAUAUCAUGAAUACCAUCACACCUGUUGUGUCAGAUAGACCCAUGGUAUUACCUACAUCGAAUAACUUAUCUCAAACUGCAUUAACAGAUGACGUCUUUUCUGAUGAUGAAUUUACUAAUGAAUUACAACAUUUAUUAGAAAAUACAGCAGAAGAAGAUAAUGAUAAUGAUAACGAGAAUGAUAAUGAUGAGGAGGACGAUCAUUUGAUUUCAAAUCAGUGA